GAAAAAUCCGAAUUCUCCAUAUACAUCGAGCCAUUGAAAUGCAAUUCAACCAGCAUCAACAACUUCAAGAAACUUAUUAAUUUUCUUCAAAUCACUGUCAAAGAUUUGGAAGGAAAAGAAAUUGAGCCCGAACGAGAGGGAACCUCCAUCUUAAAGGUGUUUAGUAGGUCAUCUCUUCGUGGUAUCAUUACAAUUGGGGUUGAAACGAUCCCUUUCAGGAAUGAAGACUCAAUUAACGCGUUUAAAUAUAUCGAGCCGCUCUCAAAAGAAUACAUGAUUACUAGGAAGUCGCCAGAGCGAAUAGAUAAGAUUUUAGGACCAGCAUUGAAUGUAAAGUUUAACGUUCAAAAUCAUCCUCUUUUUGCGAACAGCAAAGUCCUCUCGAUGUUUUCUCCGUACUGGAAAGAUAGGUUGAACGAACAACGUGAAGACAAAAAAUCAAGUUUUACUGGCGAAAGAGAACAUGACGCAAAAGAAUCGUUUCGUCAUGUUUACAAAGAAUUUGACGUCGAAGAACACGACUAUCUCAUUAUUUUACAUAUGAUUCAAGUUGCUUACACUGGAGAUAUCACAAUCGGUAAGAAGCGAGACGCCUAUCGGGAUCUACUUAUCUUGGCGGAUCGAUAUCGAAUUCCUGUGCUCAGGAUAAUUGGCGUAAAUAUUGAAAACGCGGCGAAGUUGUAUUUCGGAUAUUCUUGUAGUCAGUUGAAAGGCUACAUCAUCAACAAUUUCGAUGAGAUAGUUAAGACGAAAUCGUACGACGAGAUAUUGAAGAAUCACGAGAAAUAUCCAACGUUUCUUGAUAUGUACGAAGAUAUUUUGGUCGAAUUGUGUUCAUCCGAGCUCUGA